UCCGGUGCCAGUGGGUGCGGUGAUCGGAGCAAUUAGGAGCGCCUGGGCUAUCUUAUCGCAGCAUAACCAUCUAGCACAACCGCGAGAAUCGAACCUGGAAAGAAGUGCGACUACGACCCGUGCGUGCUCCACACCUCUGGACCUCCGGUCGUAAUCGGACAAAGGUUGCCCACCUACCGCUCGUCGGAUGCGUCUGGCACUCCAUUGGCCAUUAAAUUCAAUCACGUUUUGUUAUGAGCCGAGAUGCUUCUCCAAUGCUGAGACGCGCUACUGUUCGCACAAAGCGAAGAAAGCAGUUGAUAAGGGAGAACCAUAUUGAAGCUUGGUUGCAAACACUAAAGGGUCGGGAGAGGGUGGCCCGAAAGGGAAAGGGGCAAGGCCACAGCACGGCUCGCGACUACGUCGCACACCACAAACACCAGUGGUUAGCAUCGCGUAGCUGAUGCGCUGAUUGAUAUUAUGUUUUUGCUAGCGAUAAGAAACCAACACCGUGCAACGCAAUCGUACUGUUCGCGCGCUCCACGGUGGUUAUCGAUAGACGGACUGACAGUAUUCGCUAUCAGUGAGUGGGACGCGUUGCCUGCGGCCGUAUAAAAGCUGCCCGGGGACGCCACGAACCGGUACAGUUUGGACAAGUGCUCCAACGGGCAUCAAACGUUUUGCGACAACCAGUGACAACCGAAGCGAAAAUGCGCGCGUUCGUGUGCAUGCUGUUGGCGGCCAUGGCCGUGGCAGUGAGCGGCCAGUUCGAUACGCACCAGUGGGGCGAUCGGAGCGGCAUCGUGCAUCUGUUCGAGUGGAAGUGGAACGACAUCGCGGCGGAGUGCGAGAACUUCCUGGCGCCGCGCGGUUACGCCGGCGUGCAGGUGUCGCCGCCGACCGAGAAUGCGGUCGUGUGGAGCCCGCGCCGCCCGUGGUGGGAGCGCUACCAGCCGAUCUCGUACAACCUGAACACCCGCUCGGGCAACGAGGCCGAGUUCGCGAGCAUGGUGCGCCGCUGUAACGCGGUCGGUGUGCGCAUCUACGUCGAUCUGGUCAUCAACCACAUGGCGGCGAUCAGCACGAACGGCGGUACGGGCGGUUCGUCGGCCAACGCCGGCGCCAUGCAGUUCCCGGCCGUGCCGUACGGUCCGAACGACUUCAACCCGGUGUGUACGAUCACCAACUACAACGAUCCGAUCAUGGUGCGCAACUGCCAGCUGGUCGGACUGCCCGAUCUGAACCAGGGUAACAGCUGGGUGCGCGACAAGAUCGUCGAGCUGAUGAACAAGAUGAUCAACUACGGUGUCGCCGGGUUCCGUGUCGACGCGGUCAAGCACAUGUGGCCCGGCGAUCUGCAGGCCAUCUACAGCCGCAUGGCCAACCUGCCGACCGACCAAGGAUUCCCGCCGAACGCACGUCCCUUCAUCACGCAGGAGGUGAUCGAUCUGGGCGGCGAAGCGAUCAGCAAGAACGAGUACACGCACCUCGGCACGGUGACGGAGUUCCGCUUUUCCGCCGAGAUUGGCAAGGCUUUCUACGGGCGCAAUCAGCUGCGCUGGCUCGCGAACUGGGGCCCCGAGUGGGGCUUCCUGCCGUCGCAUCUGGCCCUCGUGUUCGUUGACAACCACGACAACCAGCGCGGUCACGGUGCGGGCGGUUCCGAUGUGCUCACGCACAAGGUCCCGAAGAACUACAAGAUGGCGAACGCGUUCAUGCUGGCCCAUCCGUUCGGUAUUCCGCGCAUCAUGAGCUCGUUCUUCUUCAACGAUGGUGACCAGGGACCGCCGUCCGACGGCGACGGCAACCUGAGCUCCCCGACCUUCAACGCGGAUGGCUCGUGCGGCGGUGGCUGGGCUUGCGAGCACCGGUGGCGCCAGAUCUACAACAUGGUUGGGUUCCGCAAUGCCGUCGCCGGCACCUCGCUGAACGACUGGUGGGACAACGGUGGCAACCAGAUUGCGUUCUGCCGCGGCGGCCGCGGCUUCGUCGCCUUCAACCUGGAGGGCUACGAUCUGAACCAGAGCCUGCAGACGUGCCUGCCGGCCGGCACGUACUGCGAUGUGAUUUCGGGCAGCAAGUCGGGCAGCAGCUGCACGGGCGCUAGCGUCACCGUUGGUGGUGACGGUCGCGCUAACAUCUUCAUCUCCGCCAACGCGGACGACGGUGUGCUGGCCAUCCACGCGAACUCCCGACUGUAAAUAUCGACCUUCGUGAUGCGUUCGCGAGACGCACUCCACUAAGCAUCCUUUUUUGAAAAGUGUACAAAUUUUGAAAUAAAAUCUAGUGCAAUAAAAAAAAAA